CGCACUCAACUCAACAGACUCGAGAAGUACAUCACCAAAGACUACGCUCAACACGGCAACGAUCAGUAAGGCAGAAGAGACACGCAAUCAGAAGAUACUCAAUAAUCAGCGGAGUCACCUAUCAAAAGACACUCACCAAUGUGUGUUGCUAGCCACAGCCCAAGCAAGAAUCCAAUCUCCAAGAGGCUUCACACUGAGUAUAAGAAUGCUCCUCGAUCAAGGAUCAGAGCUAUCCUUCAUCUCCGAGCAACUAGUAAAAUCUCUCUACCUCUCAAUAAGGUCAUCAUCAAUUGAGCUCAUCGGAAUCGCAGAGACGAACGCAGGACGCACGAGAGGAGUAGCUUCAAUUACACUCUACGCACUCGACGGGUCAGAACAAGUUGACCUUGAUGCCCACGUCCUCAAGAAACUCACCGUGAAGCUACCAUCCUUCUCCUGCAAAUCACCAAGGAUCGACCCACUCCAAGGUCUUCAACUAGCCGAUCCAGACUAUCUCAAACCUGGGCCAAUAGACAUCAUAUUAGGAGCUGAUACCUAUGGGCGGAUCCUCAAGCAGAGAGUAGUCAGCUCCAGUAAUACUCAAUUAGUUGGCCAACAAACCGUAUUCGGAUGGAUCCUAUCCGGACCAGUCGAAUGCAAAGGUUGUUCACCAAGGAUUUCAUUAUCGGCCGUAAAGGAAUCCACCAAUGAACAACUCCUAGAGCUUCUUCAAAGAUUUUGGACCCAGGAAGAAUUACCCACAACGCAGAACUCAGAGCUAUCACCAGAUGAACUCCAGUGUGAGAAAAUAUUUAUGUCCACGCACUCAAGAGACAAGACCGGGCGUUAUACAGUUAGACUCCCUCUAAGGACAUCAGCAGAAGCACUCGGCAACUCAAAGCUCAAAGCCUCAAGGCAACUACAGUCAGUUGCACGUCGUCUCAAGGCAGACGAUAAUUAUGCCAAGCUCUAUAGAGACUUCAUCGAUGAGUAUGAGACAUUAGGACACAUGAGGAGAGCACCAAUAGAAGAAGAACCCUCCACAGCAUACUAUCUACCGCAUCACGGGGUUCUACGAGAAGACGCACUCACUACGAAAUUGAGAGUAGUCUUCAACGGCUCAAGCAAAACCUCAUCAGGAAUAUCCCUCAACGAUAUCCUCUAUCCUGGUGGGAAGCUCCAAGCAGACACGAUGAACGUCUUGACAUGGCUGAGAAAGCACAAACUAGUCUUUGGAACAGACAUAGUCAAGAUGUUUCGACAGAUAAACGUUCACAAGGACCAGUGGAAUCUCCAGAGAAUACUGUGGCACAAUUCGCAACAACAGCUCAUCACCUACGAGCUCACCACAGUUACGUACGGACUCAACUGUUCUCCAUGGCUAUCUCUAAGAGUGCUCCAGCAAUUAGCAGAGGACGAAGGCCAUCGAUAUCCUGCCGCAGUUGAGACACUCACCAAAGGCAGAUAUGUCGAUGACAUUUAUGGUGGAGCAGAGACCGCAGAAGAACUCAGAGAAAUCGCCUGGCAGCUAAGUGGUCUUUGCCAAGCAGGCGGGUUUCCACUCCAGAAGUGGAGCAGCAACUGUCCACAAGCCUUGGAGACAUUAGGAAUAUCAUCAACUCAAUCGAUAAUCCAAUUCCAAGAGCCUAUCACCAAAGUCCUUGGAUUGUAUUGGCAUCAAACCAGUGAUACAUUCCAAUACAAAUCAAAGGAGUUUGAUUCAGCAGUGUUCACGAAGAGGACAACACUAUCAGAAAUAGCUCAACUCUUCGAUCCAUUGGGACUCAUCGCACCAGUAGUCACUCGAGGGAAAAUAAUCAUCCAGGAUCUAUGGAAGUUAAAACUCAACUGGGAUGAACCUCUACCAGAAGACUAUCAACGCCAAUGGAAAGACUUCAGGCUCAAUCUCAAUACGCUGAAUCAAAUCUCAGUACCGAGAUGGUUGAGAAUUUCAUCCAAGACGAAGAGAAUCCAAAUCCAUGGAUUCGCAGACGCCUCCACCGCAGCAAUGGGUGCAGUAGUGUACCUCAGGACAGAGAACUUCAAUGAGCCUACUUCAACAGUACUGGUCUGCGCAAAAACAAGAGUGGCUCCUAUCAAGCGUAUGACCAUUCCUCGUCUUGAACUCAACGCAGCUGUCCUGCUUACGAAGUUAGUGGUCAUCACCAAAGAGAUGCUCGACCUCAGGGAAGUAGAAACUCACCUAUGGACAGAUUCUAUGGUAACCCUGGCAUGGAUAAAAGGACACCCCUCAAGAUGGAAAGACUACGUCCAAAACCGAGUCAUCAAAAUCCAGGACUCACUCCCAGAUGCAAGCUGGAGACAUAUCAGCGGCAAGGAGAAUCCAGCCGACUGUGCCUCAAGAGGAAUAGCUCCUCAAGAACUAGCAGUACAUCCCCUAUGGUGGACCGGACCUGAAUGGAUUAAUCAGGAUCCCCAGGAAUGGCCUUCCUCAAUAGAAGACGUCCCAGCAGUAGCAGCAACCGAAGCAAGACCGUCACCGUCCUAUCCAGUGGCCAUGAAGAUCAAUGCCUUAGCCGAACUACUCAACAGGUACUCCAGAAUGGAAAAGGUACUCCAAGUAACAGCGACACUGAACAGAGCAAUCGAGCGAUUUAGAAGACAGCCAGUUCCCCAGACGCCCGUCCUCACCAUCAGAGAACUCACCGAGGCCAGGAUAUUCUGGGUAAAAAUAACUCAAGCUCAAUAUUUUGCUUCUGUUCAUAGGUUGCUCGUGAGAAACGCUCAAGUACCACGGAGUCAUCCUCUGGCAAAGUUAACGCCCACUCUAGACGAACUCGGAAUUAUCCGACUAGGAGGCCGUCUCAAAAACUCACAGCUGGAUCCCGAAGAGAUUCACCCAGCAAUCCUGCCUCGACAGUCUCGACUAACGACGUUAGUCCUCGAAGAAGCUCACCGAAAAACUCUGCACGGUGGGACACAACUCACCCUAGCUUUCACGCGACAGAAGUACUGGAUCAUCGGUGGCAGAGGCACUGUCAGAGCCCAUAUCCAGAAAUGUGCCAUCUGCAUCAGACACCGAGGACGCCAGGCUCAACAGCGAAUGGCACCACUGCCGGCUGUUAGAACUUCACCAACACGAGCAUUCCUCCACACGGGAGUGGACUAUGCAGGUCCACUUCCCAUUCUCAAAUGGCGGCCUACAAACGCCCAACCAUCUAUGGUGCAUAUUGCAGUUUUUGUCUGUUUCAGCACAUCAGCUGUUCAUCUCGAGCUCGUGUCCAGGCAGACGACAGAUGCCUUCAUAGGGGCAUAUAAGAGAUUCACCGGAAGAAGAGGAAUCCCCGAAGUGAUGUACAGCGACAACGCCACUACAUUUGUUGGCGCAGCCUCAGUACUCAAGACGCUGUACAAUCAACCCUCGAGAGAGAACCUCGAGAUUCAAGCUGCCCUCGCCACACAGGGGACUCAAUGGAGCUUCUCACCACCGAGAGCACCCCACUUUGGUGGCAAAUGGGAGGCAGCUGUGAAAUCCACCAAGUUCCACCUCAAGAGAGUCCUCGGAUCAUCAACAUUCACCUAUGAGGAACUCAACAGCAUCCUCAUCCAAAUCGAGGCCUGCCUGAAUUCGAGGCCAAUCACUCCAAUGACGGAUGACGCAGAAGACCUCCAAGCACUCACCCCAGGACAUUUCCUGAUCGGUGAGCCACUCCAGAUCAUACCAGAACCAACCCUCCUCAACAGAGAGCCCAGAAAACUACAAAGAUGGAAUCUGGUUACUCAAAAAAUCCAGCAGUUCUGGUCCAGAUGGGCUAGAGAGUGUCUCCAACGAUAUCAAGCCAUCUAUAAGUGGAACCAGAGAGAGAGGAACAUCGAGGUUGGAGACAUGGUCCUGAUGAUCGACGAAGAUUAUCCUCCAGCAAAAUGGCCCCUCGCAAGAGUAAUAGAAAUUCACCCAGGAGCAGAUGGCCUAACCAGAGUUGCAACCAUCAGGACCUCAAAAGCAUCAGUUCCAACACAACAAAAUGGAACUCCCAUCUUAGAGAGGAUCACCAGCACCAGCUCAAUCUUCAAAAGACCCAUCGCCAAGCUCUGCCUCCUACCGACAGAUCCACCUCCAGCAGAACAACCUCCAGAAGAGGAGCCAGAGCAGGAAGAGGAGUAGACACCUACCAAAGCCAUCCACCGUAGAAGAGAAACUCAAGAGAGAUAAUUCAUCAUCCCUGAUGAUGAAUGGGCCCCGGGAUGUUUAAAAGAGAGAGAGAGAUCACCCAAUCCUCCAGUAAAUAUUCUCGAACAUUCCAGAAAACUUAAUUUUAAAUAGUUUUUCUAAUCACCCUAUAGAGGGAUGAGAAAAUCACCACGCGCUACGACUCGUACGCCCAACGGACGUUUCUGAGCCUCAGUCCAUCUACAUCCUUGACGAACCACAGACGUUCAAGUUUUUGUAGCUAUCUCUAAAUCAAAUAUCUCUAAGAAAACCUCAAUUUUCAAUCGCGUGCUCUAUAACUGUUCUAGUACAUCACCAGCAGUGCGUGAAUUGAAAUUAACAAGCUUUAACUGUAAAAUUCUCUCAAAGACGCGAGGUUACGCCUCAAAUUAUUUAUAAUAAAUUAAACAGUGCAUCCCCCAAUAGUUUAACGUGUCUUGUGUCUUUUAAUUUUUCCCACUGAUCCCAAAUCGGCACCGCAUACUCGUCUCUAUCUCAAACAAAUUGCCUGAAAUUCAGUGGAUAUGGACGAGUUGCUGUCUGCAAUUGCGAGGUUAUGUUUUUUGCCGUUGGAUGGGGAUUCCCGGAAAUACCUCGAAUUAAAAUUCCCGGAAAUAUCGUUGGAUUGGGAUUUUGGGGGAUAAAUGAAGAGUAAAAAGGAACUUGAUGGUAGUUGUUAUAUGUACUAGAGGAUUAUGGCAAUGAUAAUGUUGCACUUGGCUGCAGCCAAGGUUUUUAAAAUGAAGUUCUCGAAUAAAAUGUGAACGAAGAAUAAUGUCCUCAAAGUCGCGGCGCUCGUUGGGUGGGAGGUGUCGGCCCGGACACCCCGAGAGCGCGGUGGAUCCGCGCUCUGAGGCGCGAGGCGCGGGAGCUGGAGGCCGAGGGUGAGCAGGUGCUCAUCCUGUACGACGUGGAGGAUACCUGGAGUCUCAGGGUCCUCUUCGGGGACGAGCCCGCCCAGGCCGACCGGACCCAGGAGAAUUGGGAGCUGGAGCAGUGGGACUGAGACCCCUGCCCCCCCCCCCAAUCAUAUUUUUAAGAAAAAAUUU